GGAGGAGGAGGAUGUGGCGCGCGGAGGGGAAAUGGCUGCCGAAAACAAGCCGGAAGGACUGAAGAGAAUACGUAAUCCGGAUCGAAUGUACAGAACAGCCGUGGGAUACACUGGCCACGCUCCUCCCAAGGCUGUCAACGACGACACGGACAGCAACAGUGAACAUGGACAUUUGAAAAUAUACCUGCCCAAGAAACUGCUCGAAUGUCUGCCCAAAUGCUCCUCCCUGCCCAAGGAGCGACACCGCUGGAACACCAAUGAGGAGAUCGCAGCCUACCUGAUUACAUUCGAGAAGCAUGAGGAGUGGCUGACCACAUCCCCCAAAACCAGGCCACAGAAUGGGUCCAUGAUUUUGUACAACCGGAAGAAGGUGAAGUACCGGAAGGACGGCUACUGCUGGAAGAAGCGGAAAGAUGGCAAGACCACGCGGGAGGACCACAUGAAGCUGAAGGUCCAGGGAGUGGAGUGCCUGUACGGAUGCUAUGUCCACUCCUCCAUCAUCCCCACCUUCCACCGCCGGUGCUACUGGCUGCUGCAGAACCCAGACAUCGUGUUGGUCCACUACCUGAAUGUCCCGGCCAUAGAGGACUGUGGGAAGCCGUGCGGACCCAUCUUGUGCUCCAUCAACACCGACAAGAAGGAAUGGGCCAAGUGGACCAAGGAGGAGCUGAUCAGCCAACUCAAGCCCAUGUUUCAUGGCAUCAAGUGGACUUGCAGCAACGGGAACAGCAGCACCGGCUUCUCUGCCGAGCAGCUGGUGCAGCAGAUCCUGGACAGCCACCAGACCAAGCCGCCGCCCCGGACCCACAACUGCCUCUGCACAGGCUCCCUGGGUGCUGGGAGCAGCCUGCACCAUAAGUGCAACAGUGCCAAACACCGCAUCAUCUCCCCGAAGGUGGACCCGCGCUCGGGCGGCCCGUACGGCAGCCACAGCGAGGUGCAGAACAGCGACGUGUCCGAGGGCAAGACCGAGCACAGCCACAGCAAGAAUGGGCGGGGCGGGGGCGGGGGCGACGGGGGGGCGGCGGGCACGGGCGCGGGCGCGCGGGAGAAGCGCAACGGCAAGGUGGCCAAGCCGGCGCUGCUGCACCAGAGCAGCACGGAGGUGUCGUCCAGCAACCAGGUGGAGGUGCCCGACACCACGCAGAGCUCGCCCGUGUCCAUCAGCAGCGGGCUGAACAGCGAGCCGGACAUGGCCGACAGCCCGGUGGUCAGCGCCAUGUCAGCGCACGUCAGCUCGGUCAUGGGCAGCCUGUCCCAGAGCAGCGUCUUCAUGUCCGAGGUGAGCGCCGACCCGGUCUACAGCAUGUCACCCACAGGGGGCGCCAACGCACACCUGCUGGGAGCGGAGGGCACCGCGGGCGGGCUGGUGCUGGCGGUGGCGGCCGACGGACACAAGUUUGCCUUUCCCGGCGCCGUGGGCCUGGGGGACGGGUCCGGCGCGGACGGGCUCGCCAUGCUGACGGCCGGGAGCGUCUCCGAGGAGCUCGUGCUGUCCAGCAGCCUGGACACCACCGCCAUCAAGAUGCCCGAGGCCACCAUGAACUUUGACCCCGACUGCUUCCUCAACAACCCCAAGCAGGGCCAGACGUACGGCGGCAACGGGCUCAAGUCCGAGGGCGGCGAGGGCGCCCUGAGCUGCUCGUCCACGCUGCCCGACGCGUACGGCUUCAGCGCCGCCCUGGUGAAGAACAUCAAGACGGAGGACAUGUCCUUCGAGCAGCAGCUCGCCAAGGAGAGCGGCUACCAAGUGGGCGAGGUGGGCGGCGGCGGUGGCGGCGGAGGGGGGGGCAUCUCGGGUUCGACCGGCGGAAACAACGGCCCGCAGAGCUCCCUGGCGCUGACCCCCACCAACUCCCUGCUGCCCACCGGCGGAGGCCUGAGCCCCAGCACCACCCUGGAGCAGAUGGACUUCAGCGCCAUCGACAGCGCCAAGCAGGACUACUCCUCCUCCGGCGUCAUGUCGGCCACCGGCUACACCCAGACGCUGGGCAGCCCUCACCUGCCCCACCAGAGCCACUCGCCCAGCUUCUUCCUGCAGAGCUCCCCCCAGUCCUCCCAGGCCCAAGGCCUCCCUAACAGCAGCAACGGCUCUGGGUCCGGCCAGGGCUCCCAGGGCCCGGGCACCUACAUGGCACUGCCCGUGGUGAAGUCCGACUCCCCGAGCGCCAACGGCGCCCUCCGUUCCCAACACCAGGCCUCGGCCCACGUCGGUCAGCACGGCGUCGCCAAAUGCAACGGCACGUCACCGACGGAGAGGAACGGUCCGUCCGGCACGCUUCAGCUGCUUCAGUUCCAGAGCCGCUUCUCGGGGUCCGGCGCGGAGGCCGGGGACGUGGGGAGCCUGAAGCAGAACGGAGGCGGCGAGGAGGCCGGGGACGGCGGCGGACAGGACGGCAGGGCCGCCGACGGGCUGCUGAAGGUCGGGGACGGCGGGCUGCAGAUGUGUCGCACCAUGGGGGCGGACGGGGGAGGAGCGGAGGGGGUGGAUCACUACCUCCAGUCCCACGCAGAGGGCAACGGGGUGACGGGCGCGGGGAACGACGCCGGCGGCCUGUGCAACGGCACCGACGGGUCCGGCGCAGAGGGCAGUUCCCACUCCCAGCUGCCCCUGCUGCAAGGCGCGGGGCUGGUGCAGGGCCUCUUCAGCGCGGUCACUUCCCACCAGGGCAACAACAACGCCGGCGGCGGCGGAGGGACCAUGGAGAUCAACCUGGACCACUUCGACGUGUCCUUCGGCAACCAGUUCUCCGACCUCAUCAACGACUUCAUCUCGGUGGAAGGCGGCGGGGCCUCCGGGGGAGGAGCCGGAGCCGGGGGAGGCGGGGCCAACGUGGGAGCAGGAAGUGGCGAGCUGUACGCGCACCAGCUGUUGGCCCACUCUGGCGCCGAGGGGCAGGUGUCUUCCGGCGCCACGCCCCAGCAGGCGGGAGAGGAGGGCGGGGGAAGCGGUCAGCCCUCAGCCGGGUACAGUUCAGGGGAGCUCUGCCUGCAGCCCUGCUGCAGCCCCCAGGCGGGCACUGCCCCCACAGGCCCGGGUGAGGCCGGCCAGCUGGCCUACAUGCAGGUGGCAGAGGUGGCCUCGGCUGGAGUGGCCCACGGGACCAUGGAAAUCAUCCAGGCCACUGGACGUCUGUUUGUGGUGACCGACUAUUCGCCCGAGUGGUCCUACCCCGAGGGAGGGGUGAAAGUGCUUAUCACUGGCCCCUGGCAGGAGGCCAGCAGUGAUUACAGCUGCCUGUUUGACCAGAUCACUGUUCCUGCCUCCCUUAUCCAACCCGGCGUGCUGCGCUGCUACUGCCCAGCCCACGACACCGGCCUAGUGACCCUUCAGGUGACGGUGAGUGGGCAGAUCAUCUCCAACUCAGUGGUGUUUGAGUACAAGGCUCGUGCCCUGCCAGCCCUGCCCUCCUCACAACACGACUGGCUGUCUCUGGAUGAUAACCAAUUCAGAAUGUCCAUCCUGGAGCGGCUGGAGCAGAUGGAGCGAAGGAUGGCUGAGAUGGCCGGCCAGCAGUCGGCCGGCGGAGGGUCGUCCGAGAGUGGAGGAAGUGGUGGUGGUGGUGGAGGAGGCGGCGGUGGAAACGGCAGUACCAGUCAGUCACAGGAUGUGGUAAAAACCCAGGCAGGAAGCUCCUUUGAGGGGCGCGUGGUGGUGGUUUGUGAGAAGAUGAUGAACCGGGCCUGCUGGGCCAAGUCCAAGCAUUUGAUCCACUCCAAGACGUUCCGUGGCAUGACUCUCCUGCACCUGGCAGCAGCACAAGGCUACGCCACCCUCAUCCAGACCCUCAUCAAGUGGCGCACGAAGCAUGCAGACAGCAUUGAUUUGGAACUGGAGGUGGACCCGCUGAAUGUGGAUCAUUUCUCCUGUACUCCCUUGAUGUGGGCGUGUGCCCUCGGGCACGUGGAGGCAGCGCUGCUCCUCUACAAGUGGGACCGGCGGGCGUUGGCCAUCCCCGACUCCCUGGGCCGCCUGCCCCUGGCCAUUGCUCGCUCGCGCGGCCACACGCGCCUCGCCGAGUGCCUGGAACACCUCCAGAGGGACGAACAGCAGCAGCAGCAUCAUCAUCAUCAUCGGCCGUCCAGUCCCAGUUUGGCCUUCCCUCCCGGAUUGGACGGACCGCACGCAGACAGCUGGGUAGAGGUGUGGGGCGGAGAGGCGCUGUCCGGCAGCCUGAGGGGAACGGCAAACACCAGCAGCUCCAGCUCCAUCACGACCACCACCAACCAAGAUCUAAGAAGACCCAGGUCUGAGCCCUCCAGCUAUUAUGCCAGUGAGACCCAAGGCGAUGGCCCAGUCACCAAGAAACACAAGCCCAACCCCGAGGCUUCAUCUCUGGGCAUGGAACAGCUGAGUCAACGGCCCAAAUCCAGUCCCCCCAAAGCCGACAGGGAGGUCAGAGAUGGGGGGCAGUCUGGAGCCAGGCAGGGGGCCUCCGCUGGUCGUCUGAGCUGGAAAGCGGGAUCGGGCCGGAAGGGGGCCGGAGUCUCUGGAGGGGGCAGUCUGGGGAAGGAGAGGCUAACCAGCCGACUGAGGAUGCAAGAGGUGUCCGGGGCCGGAGAUGUUUCCGAGCUGCUCGCCGGUCAGGAGAAUAUGGAAAACACAGAGGACCUACAGAUGAACAUGAUGACUCUAGCUGAACACAUUAUUGAGGCCACACCUGAACGCAUCAAGAGAGAGAACUUUGUCCCAAAAGACGCCACACCUGUUGACAGCUCUGCAGUCAACAGCACAGUGAAUUGGUUGGCCAGCUACCUUGGUGAUGCUGAACGGUUCCCAUACAACAAACUAGCUGGCACCAUCCCGGGUCUGGGCUCCUGUUCGUCCAGCGGGACCCCCGAACUGGAGGGCUCCCUGGGGAAGCUGGGUCUCCCCUCCCUGGCCGACUGGACAGCCUUCCUCAGCGUCUCUCACACCAAGGCGGAGCAGGACCUGGCCCAGUUGGCCCUGAGUGACCCGGAGCAACGGGAGCUGUACGAGGCGGCUCGGCAGGUCCAGAGCACCUUCCGCAAGUAUAAGGGACAGCCACUGCGCGAACAGCAGGAAGUGGCAGCCGCUGUUAUUCAGCGCUGUUAUAAAAAAUACAAACAGCUGACCUGGAUAGCCUUGAAGUAUGCACUUUAUAAGAAGAUGACGCUGGCCGCCAUCCUGAUUCAAAGCAAGUUCCGCAGCUACCACGAGCAGAAGAAGUUCCAGCAGAGUCGGCGCGCAGCCUUGCUGAUCCAGCAGUACUACCGCAGUUACAAGGAGCUGGGCCGCCCCAGCCUCCCCAGCCGCGCCCGCACCGCUGCCCUGGUGCAGCACAAGCUCAGAAGCAGUCUGUGGACAAAGAGGCAAGACCAGGCUGCCAGGAAAAUUAUGAGGUUCCUCCUGAGAUGUCGUCAUAGCCCCUUGAUGGACCAUAGACUGUUCAAACGGGGCGAGAGAAUUGAGAAAGGCCAGGGAACAUGAGAGCUUGCCGAAGAGCCCCCCCACAGUGUGACAUCUCUAAAGACUCCCC